AUUAUCACCGAGCGAGGUCGCCCAGCGCGUGUCAUGUUUUUCCGUUGAAAACGAUAUUACAUUUUUCCCGCACACACCUCCGUCAGUUUACCGCUGAACUUCCUUCGACGACAAUGAGCUUUGAGUUUUAGUGCUGCAUUGGUUGUUCGAUGAUGGGUUAACUUCGAGGAUCAGGUGCAUAUUAUCGUGUGUUGCAAGACUGUGCUUGUUGAUAAAACUUAUUUUCACGGGCUUCGCAAGAUUCGAUUGUUGUGACGUUAGGCAGCCUGGCGUUAAGACGUACAAUGCCUGAGCAGAGUAAUGAACGACAGCUUGAGAAAAUCGACGAUGUGGGUCCCGGAUAUUUAAGACGUGCUAAUGGCGAACGACUUCAUGAAAUUUUCAAUCAGUAUGCCACGGUUGAAAAGAGUGGUGAGCGGUUUAUGACCCCAACCGAUUUCGUACGCAGUUAUCUUGGCCUUUAUACAGACUCGGAUUUCAAUCCAGAAUCAGUUGCCUUACUUGCUGCAAUCGUCGAUACCAACAAAGAUGGACUCAUUUCCUAUGCUGAGUUUCAAUCUUUCGAAGGAUUGCUCUGCGUGCCAGAUGCUCUCUACAAAACCGCAUUUCAAUUAUUUGAUACUAAUGGAAAUGGAAUGGUUACGUUUGAUGAGUUCGCUGAGGUGAUGAGAAAAACAGUGUUACAUCAAAGGAUGCCUUUUAAUAUGGACAGUAGCUUUAUUAAACUAUAUUUUGGAAAUGAUAAAAAGAGACUCAUUAGCUAUGCAGAAUUCAGUCAGUUCCUGCAUGAUUUUCAUGAAGAAUAUGCAACAGAAGCCUUUAAAAAAUUCGACAAAGACGGUACAGGUUUUAUUUCAGCAAUGGAUUUCCAAGACAUCAUGCUCAGCAUCAAAAAUCAUUUGCUUACAAAAGAUGUCAAGGAUAAUCUCGUUGCAGCCUUAAAUAUGGGACAGAGUGGGAGAAAAGUGAGUUUUCCAUACUUCAUGGCCUUCAAUUCAUUACUAAAUAAUAUGGAGCUUAUUAAGCGAAUCUACCUCAAUGCAACUAAUGGGCACAGAAAUCAAGAAGUAACCAAAGAGGAAUUUCUUCAUUCAGCGCAGAUGAUGUCGCAAAUAACGCCACUUGAGGUUGACAUUCUAUUCCAUCUUUGCGACCUUCUUCAUCAAACUGGCACGAGCGGAGAAUCAGAGACAGUAAAGGGCUUUGGGAGAAUCGUGUAUAAUGAUUUAGUAGCAAUCACACCUGAACAGUAUUUCAAACAGAUCACUAAACGAUUAGCUGAAAUUAAAGCUGUAUCGAGUCCAGAAGAAAGAGGAGUUUUAGUACAAAUUAUGGAAAGUGGCUACCGUUUUGUUUUAGGAUCUAUUGGUGGAGCUGUUGGAGCGACUGCGGUAUAUCCAAUUGAUUUGGUUAAAACGCGAAUGCAAAAUCAACGAAGCGGCUCCUUUGUUGGUGAAUUGAUGUACAAAAAUAGCUUUGACUGUUGUAAAAAGGUCAUUCGGCAUGAAGGUUUCUUUGGAUUAUACAGAGGUUUAGUACCUCAAUUGAUGGGCGUCGCGCCAGAAAAAGCCAUCAAAUUAACCGUCAACGAUUUUGUACGCGACAAGUUUAUGGACAAAAAUGGAAACUUACCUCUUCUAGGAGAAAUCAUAUCUGGUUCGUGUGCUGGUGCAUCACAAGUUGUCUUUACAAACCCCCUUGAAAUCGUAAAAAUUAGAUUGCAAGUGGCCGGUGAAAUUGCUGGAGGUCAGAAAGUUCGAGCGUGGGCUGUUGUCAAAGAACUUGGUUUGUUUGGACUGUAUAAAGGCGCACGAGCUUGUCUUUUAAGAGAUGUUCCAUUCAGUGGCAUUUACUUCCCCAUGUACGCACAUAUUAAAGCGAAAUUUGCUGAUGAAGGAGGAUACAACACACCAUUAUCUCUUCUUUGUGCUGGUGCGAUCGCUGGUGUACCGGCAGCUGCUUUAGUCACACCUGCUGAUGUAAUCAAGACAAGAUUGCAGGUUGUCGCAAGACAAGGUCAAACUACGUACAAUGGAUUAGUAGACUGCGCCCGAAAAAUCUACAAGGAAGAAGGUGCAAGAGCAUUUUGGAAAGGAGCAACUGCUCGAGUAUUCAGAUCAUCGCCGCAGUUUGGUGUUACACUAUUCACGUACGAGUUGCUCCAGAGAUUAUUCUUUGUAGAUUUUGGAGGAUCGCGGCCUGCGGGCUCCGAAAAUAAAGUUCCAGCUACUGGAGUUGCUGACGAUAUGAAAUCAACGAACCCAGAUCACAUUGGUGGUUAUCAGGUAGCGUUGCCCAUUUUCACUGGUAUCGAGAGCAAAUUUGGUUUAUGUUUACCGAGGUUCCAACCUGUUCCAAGACCAUAACAACAUCGUUCAUGGUUCACUAAAGGUGUCCAUCAAAGCAAACCAUUAUCAUAACUGCUCCGUUACAUUUUCAAAGCCAAGAUAAACACUGAAUUCAAAGUGUUUCGCAGUAGGGUGCUCAUAAGACUUAUUAGAUAAAGAAAAUGCAAAUCUCACACAAUUAUAUUACGAAGGAAAAUAACAAGUCUAAUCCUAUUACAAAAAGAAUGUCGUCCUCAAUGAGUGAUGUAAUUUAGCUAAUUGCGCAUGAUGAUGUGGGUUUUUUUGCGAACCUUUAUUACUGUAAAUUACAUUAAUUUUUGGAUUAAGCUAAACGAAGAAAUGAACGUCAACACUCGUCGUUUUUUUCUUUAGAUAGUUAGGUAUUAUUAUGAAACAAAAAAGAA